AUGAUAAGUUAAUCUGAACUUUAGAAUGAAAUUAAACAAUUCAUAAAAGAAUCUAAUUGGAAUUAGGUUGUGCAAGAAUAAAUAAGUUAAUUUGAAGCCUUCUUACCAACUAAUCCUUGGCUAUUUGUAUAAGAAUAACCAACUAAUUUAGCACAUUAUCUCUAUUUUUUAACUACAAAUAAUCAAUCUAAACAAUAAUUAUAAUCUAUGCUCUAUUAGCUUUUAGUUGAAUAAUACCAAUUAACUAAAAUCAAAAGAUCUUACUUAAUAACUAGUUUUACUUUGCUAUUUAUUCCACACAAUCUGGCAUUGUUACAAAAAUACAUAGUUGAAAAUUAUGAUGAAAUGUUAACAAUAGACAAGGCUGUUUAAAUAAUUAUUUGGACUAUAAGAUUGCGAGAAUUGCAUGAAUUAGCUGAGUAGAUGAAGAAAGUGAGUCCUAUUACUAUGAAUAUUUUGUAAUAAUUUGAAACACAAUUAAACAAUUCAAAUGAGCAAUAUAGUUUUGAUUUAUUAAUUUAACAGUUAAAAAAAUGAUUGAAUAAUAUAAGGUUCAUGAAUAGAUUGGACAAGGUGAAUUUGGAAAAGUCUAUAGAGCAACCAAUCUUCUUACUUAAUCAGUAGUUGCCAUUAAAAGUGUUGAUGUAGCUAAAUUUAAUGAAACACCAAAAUUACUUGAAUUAAGCAUGCAAGAGAUAGAAGUACUCUAAAAACUUUAGCAUUGCUAAUAUGUUGUUAAGUUCAUUGAAUUAAUUAAAACCUCUCAUCAAUAUCAUUUCGUAUAUGAAUAUUGUUCAGGUGGUCCUCUUGACAAAUUGUUAUUAUUAUAAGGACAUUUUACAGAAAGAAAAUCCUUAGAGAUCGUUUAUCAAUUAAUUUAAGCAUUUAAAGUUCUAAGAGAAAAUUCUAUAAUUCAUCGAGAUUUAAAACCUUCAAAUAUUUUAAUUCAUAAUGGAAUUUAUAAAUUAGCAGAUUUUGGAUUUUGUAAACCCAUAAAGAAUGAUGUCACUGCCACUAUGUUAGGUUCUCCAAUAUAUAUGGCUCCAGAAGUACUAAGAGGACUUUCCUAUAAUAGUAAGGCAGAUAUUUGGAGUCUUGGAGCAGUAUUGUAUGAAUUAUUAAUUGGCAAAUGUCCAUUCGAAGAAAAAUCUAUUGCUAAAUUAAUUACUGCAUAAGAUGAAACGGAUUGGAUGAUACCUCCUUAAUUUCAUUUUACUAAACAAACAAUCACUUUACUCAAAUCUAUGCUCAUUAAAGAUCCCAAUAAACGUUGCACUUGGGAAUAUCUAUUUAAAAUACCAUUAAAAAGUGAUGGAGAGUUUAGUGGAGAUUUAGAAAUUUAUUUAGAUAAACCAGAAUAAAAUGUUUUAUAACCUUCCAAUAGUAAUACUAAUAAUGUAAGUAUCUUACAAGAAAUUGUUAAUGAACGAUGCAAAGUUUAAUUUAUGUGUUAAACUGCUCAUUCUAUUUUAGAAUAGUCAUAAAAUAAAGAAUCUCCUUUAAUUGCAUACUAUCUUUUAUUAUUAGCUAAUAAUAGAGGAUAACAAUUGUUAAGUGUGAUUAAAAAUUAAUGCACCACUGCAACUGAAUAUUUUAGUUUAAAUAAACUAUCAAUACAUUUAAAGUAAUCACAAGAUAAUAGAUUAUCAUCCAACUUUGAAUUUACAAGAUUAGUUGAAACUAUUAUGAAAGAAGUUGAUUAAUUGACCAUUGGAUUAAAAGAAUAUAAAAUUAUAUUGGAUGGUUAAUCUUUAGAUAUCAAAGAUAAUUAUAGAUAAAAUAUUAAAAAUUAUGUUAACUAAAUCAAAUAAUCUAAUUAUAUAGCCUUCUUAGAUACUAAUUAAGAGAAAAACCUUUUAACUCAUUGUGUAUAAGUUUUAGAUGCAUUAUAAGUAGACAAAUUUAUGAAUUCUAAUAUUGGUAUAAAUAUUUAAUUAAAAAUUAUUUAGACCCAACUAUGGAUGCUUAUUUAGAAAUUAGAUCUAUGACCAAGAAAUAGUUAUUAGAUAGAUUUGAUACUUUAUUAUGA